AUACCCUCUUGCUGCAUACGCCAGCCGAACGGGAGCGAUCAGGUCAAUACGCGGCGUCUUUUUCGCGUUCUGAACCGUCAAGAAAUGGGCUAUCGCGAUCGCUUCCGUGCGGGCGCUUAAUUACGACCGGUCGGCUGGCCUACUCCCUUGCCCAGCAGUCAUGUGCCCGGGCGCCUGCCUAGCCUUUGUUCUGGUUCUUGUUCUGGCCUUUUCAACAGUUUCCGCAGUUGCCCAAAACUAUUUUUGCCCCACCUUCCCCGCGAAAUUCAAGUCUCGUACGGUCUCGUACGGCUCAUUCCGGCCUCCAUCUCAACUUCAUUCGCAAUUUACCCAUUUUUUCACCACCAAUUCGGCGCCAUACUACUAACAUUCGCGUACAGCCCCGGUUUGUCGAUGGCCAUUUUCGUACAAUUUUCCAUCCGGCUCCGCUCCCAAACGCGCCCGAAUACCCCCAAACACCCCCAAACACCUCCGAACGACAAUGCCUCGUGGACUUAGUCAGGCCGGUAAGGGCGGAAAGGGUGGAAAGGGUGGAAAGGGCACGUCUGGAACCACUCUGGCCCCGAACGCUUCCGAUCCUGCAAAUCAAGCCCCGAACGGAAGCAAUUUGGCCUCGAAUGAGAGCGAACGCGCCUGCUCGGAGCUAUCCGACUUCCAGCCCUGGGUACCCCCCAACCAUCCUAGCUGGAAGCCCCCGGACACUCGCGUUCAGGGCCAUCGGCUCCCGAACGCGGAGCUUGAGGAUAGCCAGCCAGACGAGGCUGUUGGCGAGCAGUUGACCGCCUGGGCUCUUAAGCACGUCUCGAAGAAUGUUUCCGCCGCCGUUCGUACACUCGCCCAGAACUACUUCGAGAUCAAGCGCGUCAUGGGCGUCCGUACCCAUCCGGGCGCGGACGGUGCCACUUUCUACACCACUCUCAACCUUAAGCGGGGCACCAAUUGUGAUGCGGCCUUCCACCAUCUGUACGGCAACUUUCGGUCCGGAACGGACGCGUGCGGCCCGUGCCAGAGGGGCUUUGGCCCGUUCGACUGCUGCGUUCAGAUCAACGGCGCCUGUGCCAACUGUCGCUAUAACUCCGCGGCCAAGCGCUGCACACUCUAUAUCAAGGACGGAGAUGCUAAGCCUAAGGGAAAGAAGCGGGGACGUAAGACCACAGCCGGCCGCGGCCGUAAGCGUAGGGCCUUGGACGACGACAAUGACAUUCUCGACGCCAUCCGUACCGUUCCCCCUAAGGGCCUCCGUAGGCUCGCGGACGUCUUCUACCAGAUCGCUGACAAUCUUGAGGAGGAGACUGCGACCCCGAGCGACCCCGAGCACGCCGAUUCAAUGCCGCGACAAAGGAUCAAUCUUGAGCCCUACCGAGAACAAAUCCGUGUGCAAUGGCAACUGCGCUGGACAAACGCGGCCAUAUGCGAAUGGCUCCGGACGGACCUGAACGUUUCUGCUUCCGAAACUGUCUUGAAGCGAUUUCUUCGACUUUGGGGACUCCGACGUGAGGGCCGUACGGAAGUGAACGAUACCCUACGGGACCGUUUACGCUUUCACUUCUUCGAACACUACCUUACGGACAAUCGACUACUCCAAGUACUACAAUCCGAGGGGUUUUCUAUUACCCACGAAGGCCUCGUACGGCUACGUCAAGAGAUGGGCCUCCGGAAGCGGCAUACUCGGGAAGAAAACAUUACCCUACGAGAACAAGCCAUCGAUCGUAUCACCCAGGCGGUUGAUCCUACACGCCGUUUGGUAGGGUACGGGCGCGAAUACCUCCGAACGGAACUGCGCCAACAAGGAUUAUCUGCAAGCCGAGAUGUCCUCUACUCUGCCUAUAAAGAAGUCCAUCAACGGAGCUUCCGGGACCGGUUGGACGAGUUCAGACGGCGCCGUACGGGCUGGACCUGCCCCGGGCCAAAUUUUAUCUGGUCUAUCGAUGCGUACGACAAAUUAAAGCCGUACGGCUUUGAGAUCUACGCUGGGAUUGACGCCUACUCGAGAUAUAUCCCUUGGUUUUUCGUUGGCUUUAGUACGCACACGUCCAUCGGCGUUGGGCUUCAAUAUCUCUCGGUCGUUCGCGAACUUGGCUUUACGCCUCGGAUUAUACGGGCUGAUCGUGGGAAGGAAACUCCGGUUGUUGCUGGCCUCCAUUGGUACCACUCGAGUCAAACUGGGCGCGAGCGGGUACAACCACUCACGGGCGAGGCUGUACCAAUUCAGUUUAAGGACUGUUUUGUGUACGGCAAGAGCAUCCACAACGUCAAGAUCGAGAGCUGGUGGAAUCGCCUUUGUAAGGGCCGUUCGCAGUUUUGGCGGACUGUCUUCGGGACCCUACACACAAUCGGGCUUUUCGAACCAAGCCAUGUCUACGACCAGAUUGCCCUUCUAUAUAUAUAUAUGGAACCUUUAGAUACGGACCUGCGCGCCUUUGUACGGGUAUGGAAUAACCAUUACAUCCGCAAACAGUCGAACCGACCUCAUGUUGUUCCUGGGGUCCCGUACGUCCUCUUUCACCAUCCCGAACAGUCCAGUACGGAGGAUUACGGGCAGCCAAUCAUUCCGACCGUUCUAGAGGAGAUGGAAGAGCUUCUUGGUCAUAGAUCGUUUGAUCUAUCGUUAUAUCUCUCUGCCGAGAUCACCAUAAAUCUAGAGGUAACCCCCGAUUACAGCUUCAGGAGCCGCCAACCGGGGGUAUUCAACAUCUCGAGGACGCCUUAA